CCGGCCGCAAGCGAUGAAGCUGUCAAGGAACCUCUCGUCACAGCAAUGACCAAGAAGGCGCCGGCCAAGAAGGACGAGCCUCCAGCAAAGAAGACGACCAAGGCGACCAGCGACGACACGACGACGACGACCGCCAAGAAGCCUGCCAAGAAGCGCGACGAACCGACCAAAGCCAAGCCAGACACGAAGCGGCCGCUCGAGCUCGAGAAGGUCGCGCCGCGGAAGCGCAGCCGGUCCGACGACCGCGGCAGCAGCCACGAUGCUUUCCGCCCGAUUGCGCCCAAGCCCAAGCCGAUCGUCGAAGUCUCGAGCGACUCGGACCACGACAUUGAAGACGACGCGGCGACGUCGACCGACGACCCCAAGGUUGUGAUGGUCAGCAGCCGGCGCAAGCCCGCCAAGUCGAAACCUCGCAGCAUCGAGCCCGAAGACGAAGACGACUGCCACAAUACAACGACGACGACGAUGAUGAGCAGUCCAGACGAACUGCUCAAGCCGUGCGCGAAGAAGGGCAAGGGAUCGCUAAUCUUGCUCUCCAAGCUCCUCAACUCGCCGCAAUUCGCCGACAAGGAGCUGCCGACACAGUCACCGCCGCCCAUCGUCGUCAUGAAGAAGCCGCUGCCGUCGCUCUCGUCCGUGACGAGCCAGGAGAAGAACCAGAGCGCGUUCGACAUCCUUCGCGUCGUCGCGAGCCAAACGAUCACGACCACGCACCAGUCGCCUGCGAAAGCGAUCCAGCACGUGCCCGCGCCGCCGGCCCCCGAAGUCACGCUAGAGUACGACAUGCACUUCUGCCUCCGCGAAGAGAUGUACGUCCAGGUGUGCGCGAUGGAGGAGGCCGGGCUCCUCGUACGCGACGUGGCCGGCUUGCUGCGGUCAUGGACGCACCCGACAUCGGCCCGCUUUGAAGACGUCCGGUUUGUCUACCUUGUCAACAAGCACAACUCGCCCGCGAUCCUCGCGCAGCGGCUGGCCGAAGUCACCAGGAAUUAUGGUUAAUUUACAGCACUAUAGCUAGACUACCAACUCGUAACAUAAUUAAUAUAGUCCAUAAAAC